UAUUAGCCUGUGAAGGAGAAAGAAAAUGCACUGAACGAGGUGAGUAUAUUGGCAUCAGCCCAACAUUAUAAUAUUAUCUCUUAUAAAGAGUGCUUCUUAGAAGAGAGUUCUGUCAUUCUCUGUAUUGUCAUGGAGUACUGUGAUGGAGAAGAUUUAUACCAGAGAAUCGUAGAACAGAAAAAAAAGUUGUUCUCUGAAGCAGAAAUUUGGAAAACUUUGAUUCAAAUAGUCAAGGGACUUGAUGCCCUCCAUAAGAGCAAGAUCCCCCAUCGUGAUCUGAAAUGCGCCAAUAUCUUCAUGAAUAAGGAUGGAACUGCUAAACUUGGUGAUUUAAAUGUGUCCAAAGUUACUAAGAUGGGUUUAGUGUACAUUCAAACAGGAACUCCUUACUAUACAUCACCUGAAGUAUGGAUGAACAAGCCAUAUGAUAACAGAAGUGAUAUCUGGUUCCUUGACUGUUUGAUCUAUGAAAUGAUCACUUAAGGCUUCCCUUUACAACUUCAUCAAUGCAGGAGUUAGCUAGUAAAGUAAAAAUAGGGGAGUUAUCCAAAGAUUCUAAGAGUGCUUUUCAGAUACCUCGAAAAGGUAGUGAUAAUUUGGCCUGAAGUUUCGCCUUUAAUUAAAAUUAACUGAGAUCAAAUCCUAAAUAGGAUGUGUUUUAGAGAGUUUACUGCUUGGACAGGAUGGUUUUACUACUCCGCCACUCCAAGCUAGGAGUACGACAAGGACUUGGGGCUCAGCUAAAAACUUGGAUUCUAGAAGCUUCUAGGGUGAGGCUAAGGAGCGGUACUGGUGGGUUCAGAAGGAGGCUGGAGGGGAGGGGGUUCAGGGGAGAAGGUGCUGGGGGUACAGUGGAUGAGGUCUGACCUGAUGUAGUGCUGGUAGUGCCUUAUGGUAGGUUUGUUGUAUAAUUGAGGUUAGUUGAGGGAUUUUUGAAUUGUAUUUAACUCUCUUUUAAUGAUAAAAUUUAAUGUUUUGGUUCA